AUGGCUAAGACGAAUAAGGGUCCGAAAGCGAACGUAUCGUGGGUGAAACCAGCAGAACCGUCAUUUUUAAAGAAAUUCAAGAACGAUGUUGGCUUUAAGGAAGGACCCACCAUUGAUACCAAGCGUUUAGAGAUGCCAGCCUUGGAGGAUGACAGCGGCAGUGAUCGUGAAGAUGAGCUGCCUCAAGUUGUCAUUCUCAAAAAGGGAGAUUUGAGCGCCGAAGAAGUGUUGCAGAUAAAAGAGGUAAAGGAUGGUACAGAAAAAGAAGACAAGCCUCCUGCGGACGGAAAGAUCCUGUUCAAGAAGCCCACGAAGCGCUCCUCCGACAAGUUCCAGGGCAUCACCGCCAGCUCUAACAACAACAAGAAGAAGAAGAGUGAAGGAGGAGAUGAAGAGAAAAAGGAGGAGAAGUCUGAAAAGAAGGUGAAGAACAAGAGUCUUCUCUCUUUCGGAGAGGAUGAGGAUGAGGACUAGAAGUUAAUUCACCGCAGGGAUUUCAGACUAGAGCAAUCAACCGCUCAUCAGACUAGAGCAAUCAACCGCUCAUCAGACUAGAGCAAUCAACCGCUCAUCAGACUAGAGCAAUCAACCGCUCAUCAGACUAGAGCAAUCAACCGCUCAUGGAUGAUGGAACUGAUCUACUGCGGUUGUUGGUUUUUACUAUGGGUAAAAAGACCCAACAUAGAAUAGCUCCACAUCGUAGUUUGUCCCACUAGACUAAGAUCCUUAGACAUUACGGGUCAUCCCCUCUUUUUUGGAGGUGGAAUCUAGACAUGUGAAACAAACCCCUUCAAUCACAUUCACGAUCAAAGAUCUUUUAGAUUACAUAAGAUGCAUGCUGUUAUUUUUUGUCGACUAUAAGACAUGUCUCUGCUGUUGGAAAUGUUGUAUAGUGACUCACCGUGGGCCUAUUAUCCAUCCAUUACAACUGUAGUCAUCCGUCCUUCAGUGGAUCCUCUGCCCUUUUUCAUAUAGCCAACACACAGUCUGGAUGGAAGGUUUUAUCAAGGUAACCCGUGUGACAACAGCUCCUAAAGGGGGAAGAAAUGAGCUGGUGGCUUUUGGUUUUAAAAAAAUAUAUAGUCUGGAGCGUUGUGAUGUGAUACUUUUCUACAGUCAAUAAUUCAUUGGAUGUACAAAUAUGUUUUAGCUUUGACAACGGAGCAUCAAAAGAUGUCUUUAGUUAAACCACUGCGUUGUUUUGAUGCCGAGGUGUUGGAUUUUUCUGUGAUUGUAUUGUGUAUUUAAAAAAAAAAAAUGUAUGAUGGUGUUUAGUUGAAUAAGUUUGAAAUGUAACUAUUAAAAUACAUUACGGCCUUACGAUAGCAUAAUACAUAAUGUAAAGUAUGUUCUGUAGAAAGCAGGUCUGUAAAGUAGGUCAUUUUGCAAAAAUGUCUCUCAUUAGCAAAUACCUUUCCGGUUUGCAAACGAUGUAAAAAAUACAUACAAAAAAGCAAUUGAGUUAAUAAAGCCGCAUACAAACUUG